CCCGGCUCGCGUCUGGCCGCCGCCGCCGCCGCCGCGUCCGCCUGUCCCCGUCCGCCCGUCGGUCGGUCCGUCCGCCCUCCGCUCGCGGGCCCCUCCUCCCCCAGCCCCGCUCGCUCCCUCGCGCGCGUCUCGGCCCCGCAGCGUCACCUGCCGCCCUCGUCCCGCCCGUCGUCCGCCGCGGCUGCAGCCUCCCGACGCGGAGACCCGGGCGGCCGCCGCCAGCCACUUGCUGUCCCCUCCCCCCCCCCGCCUCGGCCGGGCCUCACACUAGUGUCGCAUGUCCACUAUUCAGAAUCUCCAAUCCUUCGACCCCUUCGCUGAUGCAACUAAGGGUGACGACUUGCUCCCCGCGGGCACCGAGGACUACAUCCAUAUAAGAAUCCAGCAGCGCAACGGGCGGAAGACGCUCACCACCGUGCAGGGCAUCGCCGACGACUAUGACAAGAAGAAGCUGGUGAAGGCCUUUAAAAAGAAAUUCGCCUGUAAUGGCACUGUGAUUGAGCACCCGGAGUACGGCGAGGUCAUUCAGCUUCAAGGCGACCAGAGAAAGAACAUCUGCCAGUUCCUCUUGGAGGUUGGCAUUGUGAAGGAGGAGCAGCUGAAGGUCCAUGGCUUCUGAGCGCGCCUCCCCGCAUGAAGAAGCUCACGCGUGAUUUUUCUUCCCCCUACCCUCCUACCCCCCACCCCGUGGCCGCCUUGUGACAUGGCUCUCUGCAGGGAACGGACUUGUCCCUUUUGUCCUCACUCCACCCCCGGCUUCCCCCCUUGCGACCCCAGGGAGCCCGGGGCCAGGGGGCUCGUGACGCAGAAGAAGAUCGCCGUGAGGUGGCCGCGGACCCCCGCGCAUCUCGCCGUGUCUCCAGUGGAGAAGGUUUCGUUCUGAGUGUGCGCUCUGUUGAUGUUCCGUUGAUGGCUUUUCACUCGAUUCCAAUGUGGUGUUUUUCGUUGUUGUUGUUGUAUUAAACCAUGUAUG